GUGAAUUAAAACAAGCCUACAAAAACGUUGGUUACAACCUUCUACGAAAAAGCCAAAUCACUAACCAUGAUGAAGCACUUGCUAAGCCUCUUCAUAGGAGCUUUGUUACUUAUAAACAUCAAAACAAGUGAAGGGUCUUUCUCCUCUGCACUUGAAACUACAACAGGAAGCUUGCUAUCUGAUCUCUGGCUAGACCGGUUCCCCGAUCCAUUCAAGAUCUUGGAGAGAAUCCCAUUAGAACUGGAGAGGGACACGAGUGUGGCUCUGUCUCCAACCAGAGUGGACUGGAAAGAAACAGCAGAAGGGCAUGAGAUAAUGCUCGAUGUCCCCGGUUUAAAAAAGGAUGAAGUGAAGAUAGAAGUGGAAGAGAACCGAGUUUUGCGAGUGAGUGGAGAGAGGAAAAGAGAAGAAGAGAAGAACGGAGAUCAGUGGCAUAGAGUGGAGAGAUCAUAUGGUAAGUUCUGGAGACAGUUUAAGCUACCUGAUAAUGUUGAUAUGGAAUCAGUCAAGGCCAAGCUUGAGAACGGUGUCCUCACUAUUAACCUCACUAAGCUAUCCCCUGAUCAAGUCAAGGGUCCAAGAGUUGUUAACAUUGCAGCUGAAGAGGACCAAACUGCAAAGAUAAGCUCUUCUGAAUCCAAAGAACUGUGAUUGUGUAAACUAUAUACUUAUAAAUCCAAGAGUUUUGAGUUUCAUAUUGUGUGAGCUAAAGAUGGAGUGUUAUAUUUUGUAACCUAUCUACCAAAAUCUGUGUAACCUUUUUCUAUGUAAUAAAAUUUUCAAGUCUUUAUUUUUUUACAGAA